AAGCAAAUUGGAUCCAUUACUCUUAAAGCUUCUAAAAAAAAGUAAGAAAGAUAAACAAAGCAAAAUUGGACUCCAUUACUCUCUUAAAGCUUCUAAAAGAUUCCAAUGGCAUGCUUCCAAAAAAAUCUCCACUUAUCUUGUGAUCUAUACGCAUUAUGCAUGCAUCCAUAAAGCCAUCGGAUUAUUAUAUUUUAGAUCACUACCUAAUAAUCAAUAUAAAUCUAUCAGAAUAGGGAAUUGAUUUUUGUUAAGAACCUAACAUGUCGGAAGUUAAGAACAAGCAAGUCAUUCUGAAGGAUUAUGUUUCUGGCUUUCCUAAAGAAUCAGACCUGAACAUCAUCAGCAGUACCAUAACUCUAAAGAUUCCAGAAGGUUCCAACGAUGUUGUUCUGCUAAAAAAUCUCUACUUGUCGUGUGAUCCUUACAUGCGGAAUCUCAUGAACAACCCAAAAGACUCUCUCUCUUCUCGUGCCUUUACUCCUCAGUCUCCGUUAGCUGGUUAUGGUGUGUCUAAAGUUCUGGAAUCUGGACACAAAGAUUAUAAGGAAGGUGAUUUGGUCUAUGGUGUUACUAAUUGGGAAGAGUACAGCUUGAUCCCUGCAGCUCAAAUAAUUUUCAAGAUUGAGCAUACAGAUGUUCCUCUUUCCUACUAUACUGGAAUUCUUGGUACGCCAGGGCUUACUGCGUAUGCAGGUUUCUUUGAAGUGGGAACUCCCAAGAAAGGAGAGAAUGUUUUUGUUUCAGCUGCCUCUGGUGCUGUUGGUCAACUUGUUGGCCAAUUUGCUAAAUUGCACGGUUGCUAUGUCGUUGGAAGUGCCGGAACUAAAGAAAAGGUGGAUCUGUUGAAGAAUAAAUUUGGAUACGAUGAAGCCUUUAACUACAAAGAAGAACCAGACCUCAAUGCAGCUUUGAAAAGAUACUUUCCCGAAGGCAUUGACAUUUACUUUGAGAAUGUUGGAGGAAAGACACUCGAUGCUGUGCUCUUGAAUAUGAGAAUCCAUGGUCGCAUACCUGUGUGCGGAAUGAUCUCACAGUACAAUCUUACGCAACAUGAAGGCAUAACCAAUUUGGCACAUAUCAUAUAUAAGCGGAUUCGUAUCCAGGGUUUUAUUGUAGCUGAUUUCCAUCACCUGUAUCCCAAAUUCUUGGAGUUUAUCCUGCCUCAUGUAAGAGAAGGGAAGGCUGUGUAUGUUGAAGACAUAGCUGAAGGACUUGAGAAAGGACCUGCAGCAUUGGUGGGAAUAUUUAGUGGUCAGAAUGUUGGUAAACAAGUGCUUGUUGUUGCUCGUGAGUGAACUCUGAUGCUUUCAUUUGAUUUUUGUGUGUGUUGAAUAACAAGCUCUCUUUGUAUGAUGGCCUUUUGCAAUAGUAUUUCUCUUCUCUAGUGUUGAUUGUAAUUGCUUGCUUAUGUGAUAUCUUGUGAUUAAUAAAGCCUGUUAUAUGCUUCUCUGUUA